AUGAAUUCAUUUCUUCGUUUCUUUCGCUCUUCUCACUUUUUCAUUCAUUCAUUCUUUUCUAUUUUCUCUUUGCCACAUUACUAUUUUUCAUUACCUUCGAUUUUGCAAUUCCUUCAUUUUUAUUUUCAACUUCCUUCGUUUUUUUUCGUUUUCUCACUUUUUCCUUUAUUUUUUCAUUCCUUCAUUCCUUUCUAUUUUCUCUUUACCACAUUUCUUUUUUCAUUUUCUUUCGCUUUCCUCACAUCUUCAUUUAUUUUUCAUUCAUUCAUUCCUUUCUAUUUUCCUCUUUCCACAUUUCUAUUUUCUCAUUCCUCCAUUUUUAUUUUCAACUUCCUUCGAUUCUUUCGCUUUUCCCACUUUUUCAUUUCGUUUUUAUUUCUUCAUUACUUUCUAUUUUCUCUUUACCACAUUUCUAUUUUUCAUGAUUUCAUUAUCUUCUAUUUUUCCAUCCCUUCAUUUUUAUAUUCUUCUUCCAUCGUUUCUUUCACAAUUCACAUUUUCCUUUAUUUUUUCCUUCAUUCAUUCAUUCGUUUUUAUUUUCUCCUUCCUACAUUCUUUUUUUCAUUCCUUCAUUACCUUCAAUUUUCCCAUUCCUUCAUUUCUAUUAUCUCCUUCUUUAGUUUCAUUCGCUUGUCUCAUUUUUUCAUUAAUUUUGUUCACUAA